AUGAGUUACGGUGGUUACGGAAACCGUGGUGGCUACGACUAUCAAAGAAGAGACCGCAUCAAUGAAGAUGAGGUCCCUGAGUCCAAGCAUACCAUUUUCAUUCGUGGUUUGCCUGGCGAUAUGUCUACAGAUGAAAUCAAAACUGGGAAUAUUGGCUCAUGGGGGACAACAACAAAAGUGCAUUUACCAUUGCCGCUGUGUGCCCAUUAG